GCAUGCGCACACGCCUCCUGUUCGGAUGACAACUGCACCAGGGAGAUAACGGACAAACAUUUAGCGAGAGUUCGCUAGCAGAGGGAAGUGAUAACUGUUUGACUGAAAGCUUGUCUAAUCGGACGAAAGUAAUGAGGUAGAUAGCCAAAUAAUUAACUAACCAAACCUUGCAUGGAACAGUCCGGCGUCGCCACCGUGAAAAUGGACCAGGAGUUUGAAGACAUAGAUUCAGAGGGCCGGUGGCAAAAACUGUACUCAGAAAUCAGGUGUCAGUCCCACGAGUGCUCCUACAAAGUGGCAAAGUACCCAGAGAAUCGCAACCGAAACAGAUACAGAGAUGUCAGUCCAUUCGAUCACAGCCGGGUGAAGCUUGAAAACACAGAAAAUGACUACAUCAAUGCCAGUCUGGUAGUGAUGGAGGAAGCCCAAAGAAGUUACAUACUAACUCAGGGCCCCCUCAGAAACACUUGUGGCCACUUUUGGCUCAUGAUUUGGGAGCAGCGGACCAAGGCGGUCAUAAUGCUCAACAGAGUCAUAGAGAAAGGCUCGGAAAAGUGUGCGCAGUACUGGCCCACGGCUGAGGAGAGGGAGAUGGCUCUAAGGGACACACGCUUCUUGGUCACACUGUUGUCAGAAGAUACCAAGUCUUACUACACCACCAGAGUGCUGGAGCUGCAGAAUAUUAAUACAGGGGAGAAGAGGGAGAUCUACCACUUUCAUUACACCACAUGGCCAGACUUUGGUGUCCCCGAGUCCCCGGCGUCUUUCCUAAACUUCCUCUUCAAGGUGCGGGAGUCGGGAUCAUUAGGGGUCGAUCACGGACCAGCUGUAGUGCACUGCAGUGCUGGAAUUGGACGCUCAGGGACGUUUUCAUUAGUCGACACAUGUCUGGUCCUGAUGGACAAGAGGAAGGACCCCUCAUCAGUGGACAUAAAAAGCAUCCUGUUGAACAUGAGGAAGUACCGCAUGGGUCUGAUCCAGACCCCGGACCAGCUUCGCUUCUCCUACAUGGCGGUGCUUGAAGGAGCCAAGUUCAUCAUGGGAGACUCCUCUGUACAGAACCGAUGGCGAGAAUUAUCCAAAGAAGAUCAGGAGCCGUCGUCGGAGUCUCCCCCCUCCGCUCAGCCUCAGGCCAGGUGUCCGACGGAACGAUACAACGGCAGCCAGCGAGCCAGGCAGCUGGAGGAGGGAGGUGACUACAGACAGGACGCCAAAGUACCUGCACAGUCUCCCUGCAAGGAACCGGAGCUGGACGGCAGCACAACAAAGUCAGUACACAAAAGACCCAGAGAAGACAGUAUCUCCAAAUCGGGAACAGCCAAGACACCCCAAAGCAAGUCCAGGACGAAUGACUCAGAGAAGAAGCGAAAAAGGGCGAAAACCAGCGACUGCUAACCGCCUCCACCUGCUGCGACACGACUACAGCUCUGGCAGCAAAACCAACAUCGGCAGGGAACUCCAGCUCUCUCCUAAACUCUGUCCUUCUUCCUCAACACCAAACCACUCUUCCUCACCCUCACCUCGACAGCUAGCUCUCCUCUCGUCAUCGUUUUUUGUCCUUUUUUCUUUUGUUUUUGUCUCAGCCAAGUAGCAUUAUUCAACCACGGCUCACCUCCUCCUCACAGCUUUACAGUUUCUCCUCCUCUUCUCUAAACUGUUUACAGUGAACACUGUGACAUUCUUUGAAGACAAACACACCAGCGCCCCCCCCCAGGCCGCACCUCUACCGCUGACAGCGCUGCUUCCGGAGUCGGAUUUCGAUUAAUUUUUAUUUUAUUUUUUUGUUUUCGUUAGUACCAUUAUUCACAGCUUUCUCAUUCUUCCACGCUUCUUUGCAUUUAUACAUUUAGGACUGAAAAUAGGGGCUAUGCAUUGCCAAUUUGUAAUGCUGUUCAUAUGUGUAUUUUUGGAAGACAUUUUUUUCAGAGGCAAAAAUGAAAAUGUUCUAUUUUUUAUAAGAAAUUACUUGAAGUUUUUCAGGUGAUGUGGGGUUGGUUGAAUGAAAAGCACUGCCUUCCCCCUCCUAAGAAAUUCAGUGGCAUGUAAUGUUUCCAUGAUGUACAUAGUGUUCUUUUUAAAAAUAAGAUGUGUAUAAAAAGACAUAUUUUUGCUUGUAAAAAAAACUACCAAAAAAUCUAAAAGACAAAAGCUGAUGUUACAGAUCUGAAUACAGUGGAAGCUGAUUUGAUGACUUGUUCUUCUUUUGAACUGAAUUUGUCUUAAGUUUCUUUCUUUACAGUGUAAUCUACAAAUAAAACUGGUAUUAUCUAGUUUCCAUACAAA